AUGAAUAGAUAUAAAGAUUUGCUAACAACAAAAUUUGAAUAUAAGUAUUUAAUUUACACUUUAUCUUUUGUAUCCAUAAAUAUAGGAAUAUGCAAUGAAUAUAUAAAAAGAAAAAAAUUAAAUUAUAAAAAUGAAGAACAGAAAAUAUAUUUUAAUUUAACAGAAAAAAAUUUUGAAAUCAUAGAUAAAAAAAAAUACUCUAGUACAAUUGAAAAAAUAUGCAAAAAUUUUAAUUUUCCAGUUGAAAAAAUAUCAGAAGCGUCAAAUAUUUAUUUUCCAUUGGAUUAUCAUCUACAAUAUCUGAAUGAUAUUUUUGAAAAAAAAAAAAAUAUUUUAAAAAACAUUAUAGAAAAAGAAAGUAAAAAUACUGUAAUAGAUAAAUUAAUAGAAGAAAUUAUAAAUUAUUUUGAAUUACACAUUAAAAAAAAUGAAAACAGUAGUUCAAUUUUUUUAAAAAAUAUUGAUUUUAGUCAUUUAAAAGAAUUUAUUAUAGAAAGAAAAAAAAUUAAUUUAAAAUCAUCUGAUUUAUUAGUGCGUUUUAUUGAUGAAUUAUAUGCAUAUAUAUAUUUAUAUUUACUGGUAAAUUACAAAAGAAAUAAUUUUUUUGAUUUUAUAAAAAUUAAAAGAUCAUAUAGGCAUUGUAGUGAAAAUUCAGGAAAAGACAUAGGUUUAGAAUUAAAUAAUUAUUUAGGCAUAAAUAAUAAUGAUAAUGAUUUACUUGUAGAAAAAGAAAAAGAAGAAAAUAAAAAAGAUAAUUUUUUAAAUAGUACAAAGUAUGUUUUAAAUAUUUCUACGAUUAAUGAAAUAAAUAAAAGCUUACGUGAAUAUGGAGUUGUUGUGUUAAAAAAUUUUAUACCUAAAGAAAAUAUAGAUAAAAUAAAAAAAGAUCUAUUUCUAGAAAAAAAUAAUAUGAACAUAUCUUCAUUUUUAAUGAAUAAGGAUCAAAAUGUUUAUUGUAUAAGACCAACAAGAGGAAGGCAAUAUUGCAUAAUUAGAAAUAGUAAAAUUAGUGAUUUAUUUGAAAAUAUUCAACAAUACUGGAUGAAUAUAAUUUAUUCCUAUUUGCCUAUAGGGUCUUAUGAAAAUACAUUCAAUUUUUUUGACAAAAAUGUAAUUUUUAAAUUAGAUGAAUUUAAUAAUUUAAAUUUAAAAAAUGAGCACAACGACAAGAUAUAUUUAUCAGAACUACAGUUAAUUAAUAAUGAACCAUUAAGUGAAGUUCAAACCUAUCACGUAGAUAAUGGGAUGAAUGGUUUAUCAGUAAUUUUACCCUUAAAUAAAAUAAAUGAAGAAUCAGGGAACUUUGAAUUUUUCAUUGGAACUCAUUUAUUUUCAUCAAAAAAGAAAAAAUUAAAACAGAAAAUUUACAAUUUCAAAAAAUUCAUAGAAAUAUAUUAUAAAACAGGAUCAUCAUUCAUACCUGAAGUUCAAGAACAAGAUUUAAUAAUUUAUGAUUCAAAAAUAUUACACAGAGGAUUAUCAAAUAAUUUAUGGACAAAAAAUUCUUCUUUAAUUUAUCGUUAUGAUUAUAAAAAAUAUCCGCCACCUGGUCAAGAUUUUAUUGACAUAUUUUCUUAUAAUUUUAUUGGAAAAUGUAUUUCUUUUUUUAAUUUUUUAAAUAAAUAUAUAUAA